UCCCAAACCUCUCAGCAUCGCUCUCAUUCACCUUCCUAUAAACACCACCACCAUCACCAAGGAGACCAUCACACUUCUACUCAUCAUCACCAUGGUGACAGCCACAGCCCAAGUUAUCACCAUCAUCACAAAGACCCCCACAACACAAGUCACCAUCACCACAGACACCGCCGCAGUCCUGUUUACCAUCAUGGAGAUAACAAUAGCCCCACUUAUCACCAUGGUGACCACCACAGAGAUCACCUCAACACACUACAUCACGAUCACCAUGGAGGCCACUACAAUCCAGCUCAUCACCAUGGAGAUCAUCAUAGCCCAGCUCAUCACCAUCAUCAUGGAGACCACCAUGGCCAUGCUCAUUACCAUCGCCAUGGAGACCACCAUGGUCAUGCUCAUCGCCAUGGAGAACACCACACCCCAACACAUCAACAUGGAGAACAUCACAGUUCAGGUUACCACCGCCAUAGCAAUCACACAAAAAGCCCUACUACACCACGCCAUCAUAGACAUCACAGUCAAGCCAGUGACCAUGGAGAUCACCAAAGCCCAACCGCUCACCAUCACCAUAGCAACCACCACAACCCAACACGUCAUCAUAACCAUGGUGACCACCACACUGAACCUCGUCAUCAUCACCAUGGAGACCACCAUAGCCCAGGCCAUCACCAUCACCAUGGAGACCACCACAGUGAAUCUCAUCUGCAGUACCAUGGAGACCACCCCAAUGAAUCACACCAGCCUCACCAUGGAGACCACCACAGUCCAGGCCAUCACCAUCACCAUGAAGACCAUCACAGUGAAGCUCAUCAGCAUCAUCAUGGAGACCACCACAGUCCAGACCAUCAGCGUCAACAUGGAGACCACCACAGUCCAGACCAUGAGCAUCACCAUAAAGACCACCACAGUCCAGACCAUGAGCAUCACCAUGGAGACCACCACAGUUCAGGCCAUCAGCAUCACCAUAAAGACCACCACAGUCCAGACCAUGAGCAUCACCAUGGAGACCACCACAGUUCAGGCCAUCACCAUCACCAUGGAGACCACCACAGUCCAGACCAUGAGCAUCACCAUAAAGACCACCACAGUCCAGACCAUGAGCAUCACCAUGGAGACCACCACAGUCCAGACCAUGAGCAUCACCAUGGAGACCAUCACAGUUCAGGCCAUCAGCAUCACCAUAAAGACCACCACAGUCCAGACCAUGAGCAUCACCAUGGAGACCACCACAGUUCAGGCCAUCACCAUCACCAUGGAGACCACCACAGUGAAUCUCAUCUGCAUCACCAUGGAGACCACCCCAAUGAAUCACACCAGCAUCACCAUGGAGACCACCACAGUCCAGGCCAUCACCAUCACCAUGAAGACCAUCACAGUGAAUCUCAUCAGCAUCACCAUAGAGACCACCACAGUCCAGACCAUGGGCAUCACCAUAAAGACCACCACAGUCCAGAACAUGAGCAUCACCAUGGAGACCACCACAGUUCAGGCCAUCAGCAUCACCAUAAAGACCACCACAGUCCAGACCAUGGGCAUCACCAUAAAGACCACCACAGUCCAGACCAUGAGCAUCACCAUGGAGACCACCACAGUUCAGGCCAUCAGCAUCACCAUAAAGACCACCACAGUUCAGACCAUCAGCAUCACCAUGGAGACCACCACAGUGAAUCUCAUCAGCAUAACCAUGGAGAUGACCACAGUGCAGGCCAUCACCAUCACCAUGGAGACCACCACAGUGAAUCACACAGGAAGUUGGAGUCUCUUACCAGCAAGCCAGAUUCACCCAGGAAUACUAGUAGCCCCUCAAGUCAAGAAGACGACCAGACAAGCUUCACUGGAUCAUCAUUGCAUAAAGAAAAGCCGCACAAGCUGGGUAGAAUCAUGGUACUACAGGAGCAGAAUGUAGGACUGCAUCAAACUUUGCUGAAGACAGCAGUGAGGAUGGAGUGUUUAGGAGAGGAGUUCAUGAGCAGCCAAAAGCUUUUGGAGGCAGAACUUCAGAAGA